GUGAGCGCCGCCAUCGUGGGAAGGGCCGUCGCGGAGGCCGCCAUCUUGGUGAGGGCAGACAGAGUGUCGCCAUCUUGGGGAUUGGGCUCUCGCAGUUGCCAUGUUGGAGACGUCAAGGAUGGCGGUCGCCAUCUUGGUGAGGGCGUUCCUACAGGAGGCCGCCAUCUUGUGAGGGCAGCGCUCAAGGUGUGGGGCGUGGUCUGGGCCGGAAGGGGCGUGUCCAACCGCCACCAUGAGGCCGCCCGAGGCGCCGCCGCCGCCGCCGGGGGGGAUCCUGCGGCGGGGGGGAGCGCGCGGGGGGGGCGCGCGGCAGGUGCGGUUCGCGGUGGCCGCUGCGGGGCAGGAGCAGGAGGAGCGCGGGGGGGCCCCGUUGGCGGCCCCGGCCCCCAACAGCUCCCGGCUGGCGGCGGCGGCGGCGGCGCGGGGGGGGCCGGAGCCGUUCGAUGCGCCCCGGGCGGCCGCGGCGCUGCUCGGGAGCUCGUUCGCUGCGCGUUGCGCCGUGGGGGGGGCGGCGGCCGGAGCCAUGAACGUGCCCCCGGCGCAGCGCCUCUACCGCGGCCUGGUCAGCCUCGCCGUGCCCCCCCCCGUGGGGCCCAGGCGGGGGAUCCUGCCCCACAGCGCGCCCCACAGCAAGGUUCCCGGCCCCGCUCUGGGCGCGCUGAUGUGGGGCUCCCCACGGGGGGGGGAGGGGGAGCCCUGGCUGCCCCCCCCCGCGCCCCCCGGCCCCCCUCGGCCCCUGCCCCGCCCCCCCGGCGCCGCCUUCGUCAUGUACCGGAAGCUGCAGCAGUGGGGGGGGGGGCUGAGGGGGGGUCACCCCCUCUUUCCCCCCCCCAAAUAAAGCCUCGUUUGCAACCGCU